AUGGCAACACACGAUAUGGACAACCAUGUGAUCAUGGUUUGGAUUGAGGUGGACAAGUGCUGGAAAGUGGGUCCCACAAGAGGAGGAGAAGGGGAGGGGACUGGGGAGAGGAGGAGGGUGGUGGUGGUAGGGUGUGAUGGUCCUAAAAUCGAUGUUGACGUCUGA